AUGUCGCCAGCGCAAAUUGGCCUAACAACACACGUCCCAGGCAAAGCUGAUCGAGAGCGUCCAGGCCCCAAGGGUGGACCACGAGAUGCAGAAUCCCUUGACCAUCUACCCAUAGGCUUACCAAGCUAUGCUCGGGAACUUAAGAAGCAGGGUUACACUACUGGCUUCAUCGGAAAGUGGCACCUUGCCGGACAGGGUUCGGUCGAUACCAAGAAUGGAAUCGUCAAUUCUGCGUGGCAUCCUGAACACUACGGAUUUAACACCAACAUUGGUGGCUGCGCUUUGGGACAACCGAAGUCAUGGUUUGAUCCCUAUCGCAAUGGAACGAUCACCAACCGAAAACCAGGCGAGUACCUGACCGAUCGGCUAGGUGACGAAGCUGCCUCCUUUAUUCAAAGGAACCGCGACAAGCCCUUUCAUUUGACAUUAUGGUUUUACUCGGUCCACACACCAAUCAAAGCUCCGAGUGACCUGGUAAAGAAGAACGACGGAAAUGCUUAUCUGGCGAUGCUAGAAAGCAUGGACAAUGCAGUCGGGAAGGUUGUCGCCACACUUAGAUCGACCGGCACACUCGGCAAUACUCUGCUUAUCUUCUAUUCCGACAACGGCGGCCACAAACCGACAUCAUGGCUCGCCGACAAGAAGGCAUCACUUCUAGAAGGAGGACUUCGCGUUCCGAUGGUUGUAGCUUGGCCCGGGGUAAUCGAGGCCGGCACAACAUGUGAAGUGCCAAUCACCAGCAUGGACUUUUUUCCGACCUUUGUGCACGCCGCAGGCGGGACCGCGGCACAUUUCAAGCAACUCGAAGGGAAAGACCUAAUGCCGCUGUUCCAAGGAAAACACAGCCUGGAACGGGAUGCCCUCUACUGGCACUUUCCGCACAACAGAAUGGAAGUGACCUAUUACAUGGGAAGCUCCAUACUUCAAGACGAUUGGAAGUUCUAUCAGGGGCACGGCUUGAUUGAUGACGCCUUGUUCAAUCUUAAGACGGACCCGAUGGAAAAAGCUAACGUCCUUAAAACGAACCCACAUCUAGCCGAUCGGCUGCGUGAAAAGCUGUCAAAGAGAAAGAUAUUGAAUAAAACCGUAUUCGCUUUGUGCCUGUUGGCGUGUUUGGCGAUUCGAUUAGAAGCGGCGCAACCCAACUUUGUAGUCAUCUUCACGGAUGACCAAGGCUACGCCGAUCUCGGCUGCUUUGGCGGCAAACACGUUAGUACGCCUCGGAUCGAUCAGAUGGCGGAUGAAGGCGCGAAGCUAACAAGUUUCUACGUAGCCGCUCCGGUUUGCACUCCGUCACGAGCGGCACUAAUGACCGGUUGUUAUCCGAAGCGGAUUGAGAUGGCGACGGGUGAUAAUUUCCCGGUUCUUCUGGCUGGGGAUGCCAAGGGGUUGAACCCAAGCGAGAUUACAAUCGCCGAAGUACUAAAGUCCGCCGGCUACAAGACAGGCAUUUUUGGCAAAUGGCACCUCGGUGACCAGCCCGAAUUCCUCCCAACGCGACAAGGAUUCGAUGAGUACUUUGGAUUGCCUUAUAGCCAUGACAUACACCCUUACCAUACCCAGCAGAAGAAAUACCAGUUCCCUCCUCUACCGCUACUCGAUGGCGAAACCGUAGUCGAAAUGGAUCCGGACGCGGACUAUCUGACCCGGCGAAUCACCGAGCGAGCCAUCGGCUUUAUCGAGAAACACAAGGACGAGCCAUUCUUUCUUUACAUACCUCAUCCCAUUCCCCACCGACCACUUCACGCGUCGCCCCCCUUCAUGAAAGAUGUGCCUCAGGCCUUGAAGGCUAAACUUGCUAACGAGUCGAAAAACGACACGAUCGACUAUCGCACUCGUGACAAGCUACUUCGCCAAGCGAUUGGUGAGAUCGACUGGUCGGUUGGACAAAUUCUGGAUGCAUUGAAAGAAC